AUGAAGGGUUCGUCCAUCACAUCCAUCUGCCUCUGGCUGCUGAGCGCCUCGCUGUCGACGGCGUGUGCCCACGACCACGAUGACGCCAAGGUGUGGUCCAAGGAGGAGCUGGAGGAGCUGGAGCGCAAGUGGGGGUUCGAGGUAUCCUUCACCGGCAUCGGUUCCUUCGCCCAUCUCAAGUACACAAAGUGCUUGACGACGCCCUCGGAGCUCUACGAUAUCGCCAUCAUCGGCGUCCCCUUUGACACGGCCGUCAGCUACAGGCCCGGCGCCCGCUUCGGCCCCCGCGCCAUCCGCCAGGCCUCGGCGCGCCAGACCUCCUUCCGGGGGUACAACCCGCGCGCGGGCAUCAACCCGUACCAGAGCUGGGCGACCGUCGUCGACUGCGGUGACGUGCCCAUUACGCCCAUGGACAACGGCAUCGCCCUGCAGCAGAUGACCGAGGCGUUCGCGGAGCUCGGGAAACGGCGGCCGCUCAGCUCGUCCAUGAGGCGGCCAAAGCUCAUGACGCUCGGCGGAGAUCACAGCCUCGCUCUGCCGGCGCUGAGAGCCCUCAGGGAGAUUUACGGGCAGCCGAUCCGGGUGCUUCACUUUGACGCUCACCUCGACACGUGGCACCCCUCCAAGUACCCCUCAGCCUGGGCGCCGACGCCCUUCAACCACGGCUCCAUGUUCUGGCUCGCCGGCACCGAGGGCCUGCUGUCGAACGCGACGACGGGGCCCUCGGUGCACGCGGGCUUGCGCACGCGCCUCAGUGGCACCGACGCGUCGGACCACGACGAUGACACGGCGCAGAACUGGGUGCGCAUCUCGGCGGACGAGAUGGAUGAUUUCGGCACAGCCGGCGUCAUAACGCGCAUCAUGGAGACGCUCGGCACCGAAGACCCCGUCUACCUGUCCGUCGACAUUGACGUGCUCGACCCGGCCUUUGCGCCGGGUACAGGGACGCCCGAGCCCGGCGGCUGGACCACGCGCGAGCUGAUCCGCGUGCUGCGCGGCGUCGAGGGCCUCAACGUCGUCGGAGCCGACGUCGUCGAGGUGUCGCCUGCUUAUCAGGGAGCUGGGGAGGAGACGGCGCUCGCGGCGGCGCAGGUCGUCUACGAGGUCCUGAGCUCCAUGGUCAAGAGGGGACUUGGCGAGAUGGGUCGCGAGAGCGAGGUGCAGGGGGAUGCGAUUCAGGAAGAUCUCAAGGAUGAGCUGUAG